UGGUCCGACGGCCGCCUCAUCGUCGACUUCAUCGGUGCGCAUGCUCAUUGUUGCUGUGUCAUCAGUUCGUUCGUUCGUACAUGAGAUCAACUACAACCACAUGCAUGAAUGCACGGCGAGGCGACUGAUGAUGACGAGCACAUAGACGCAUGGGUGCAGUGGAGAGGCUCGGGACCCCGUACUGGCCGCCCUACUUGGCCGGGAAGACGGCGGAGGACUUCCGGUACGGAGCCAACUUCGCGGUGGGGAGCGCCACCGCGCUGAGCCAGGACUUCUUCAAGAAGCGCCACCUCAACGUCGACCAGAUCACGCCCUACUCCCUCGCCGUCCAGAUCGGCUGGUUCCAAAAAUUGCUCGCCGUGCUUGCUUCCACGGACAAUGAGCGAGAAGAGAUCAUGGCGACCUCCUUGUUCCUGGUGGGAGAGAUCGGCGCCAACGACUACAUCCACCCCAUCUUCCAAAACAAGACGCUCGGUUGGAUCAAACCCGUGGUGCCCCUCGUCGUCGCGUCCAUCGUGUCAUCCCUGGCGGCUCUGAUCCAGCUCGGCGCCAGGACGCUGUACGUGCCGGGCGUCUUCCCGCUGGGCUGCACGCCCCGGGUUCUCUUCCUCUUCCGCGGCAGCGCCCCCGGCGACUACGACCCGGCCACCGGCUGCCUCCGGUGGCUCGACGACCUCGUCGUCCUCCACAACGCCCUCCUCAAGGUGAAGCUCGCGGAGCUCCGCCGCGCCCACCCGGGCGUCUCCGUCACUUACGUCGACUACUCCGGCGAGGUCCUCGGCGUCGUCACCUCCCCGAGGCGGCACGGGUUCGAUGAGCGCACGGUGCUGGAUGCCUGCUGCGGCGGCGGCGGGCCGCACAACGCCAACUUCACCGUGCAUUGCACGGAGCCGGGCGCCGUGCAGUGCGCCGACCCGGCUCGGUACGUGUCGUGGGAUGGGCUGCACAUGACGGAGGCGGUGUACCGGAUCAUGGCUCGUGGGAUCCUGGACGGUCCGUUCGCAGCGCCUCCCAUUAUGUGCGGAUGUAAGAAGACGGCAUCCCUUUAAAGGAAUUGAUCGUUGCUAUAAUGCAUCUCACGAUGGAUGCGGAUUAAAACCCUUCUUGUAGUGCGAGGCGUAAAAACUGUCCCUUUUAAAUUCGAAA